AUGAAGAUGAGGAAGUGCACACAGGUCUGGUUCAGGCGCAGUGAUGAUGAUGGAGGAAGUGCACACAGGUCUGGUUCAGGCGCAGUGAUGAUGAUGAGGAAGUGCACACAGGUCUGGUUCAGGCGCAGUGAUGAGGAGGAAGGCGUCUUCAAACUGAACAGAAGAACAAUGUCGUCGCCACCUGCGGGUGUGAAGAGCCUCCAGCCGUGGCCUCUGCUAAAGUGUCUCUGA